GAUGUUAAAUAAUGACCGGUUCGCGUUAGACCGCUAAACGGACCAUUACUUUCUCUUCUUUCUCCUUCGAUUCGAAGUUGGAACGCGAUUCGGGGUUUCCGGGAAUUAGAUAUCGCGAGCUGAAAAUGCCAGUGAGAGUUGUGGAGACUUCAUCGUCUUCAUCAACACCUUCCCCAUAUUCAGGUGGGACUCAAGGUAACACUUUGCCUCAACCUUGCACUCUUCUAAGUGUUGGACAGGCAUUCUCUGGGACGCAGAAUGUCUCAAGUCUCCAAAAGGAUGAAGCAUGGAGAGUGAAUGUUCGAAUUCAAGGUUGUGACCUUGACCAUGGAUAUCUAUGUGGCACCAUGGAGGCCCUGAAUGUUCCUAUGGCAGACACACCGGUGGUAACCUUCUGGGAAGGGGAAAUUGUUGAUACUAAGAAUUAUACUUUCUUCACUGACAAAUGGGGGGCAACAACAGAAGAUGAUAUAAAGCACUGGACCAAGUUUCCAUCUUUUUCACCCCUUCUGAGCCUGGUGGAAAUUGACGGUGGUAAAUCGCUGGACCUGAGUAGUUACCCACACAUAUUCAUGAGAUGGAAAGAACAAUACUUUGUGAAUGUUGGAACCGACUGCGGGUUGACAAUAGCUGGUUUUUACUAUGUUUGCUUCUCCUGUAAUGAUGGCUCCAUUAAUGGCUUCUAUUAUGAUCCCAAUAGCAGCCCUUUUCAGAAGUUGGAACUAAAAUCCACAAACGACGGAAGAUCAGGGUUCAGUUUCUCAUCAUAUGAGUUGCAAUGAAUCCAUCACCACUACAGUUUGUCAAAUGAUUGGCACCAAUGAAUACUAGCACAGGUCAUUUUAGAUCAACAAUACAUAUCUAUCCCGGUUCUUCGGGUAUGCUUUUUAUGAAUUGAGCUUUUGGUCUUAAGCGCCCGAGGCAAGAUGAAAUACCACCAGGAACUGAUCUGAUGUUUCAUUCCACAGGAAGAGUAUUUGAUUGUGAUACCGAUGGACUAUAUGAGACUAUCCCUAGUCACUAAGUAUAUUCUUGCACUUAAUUAGAUACAGUAAUAGCUUAUUGUUCAGGCAAUUUUGGCUAGUUUAAACUCAGUCUCUAUUUCUGAAUCAAUCUGUGUCUUUGUAUUACCGAUUCUUUUUCACAUAAUAACAAUUAUUGUGUGUUUUAAUGUGUAAACCAUGUGGAAUCUGCGACUUAUAUAAAUAGAUAUUGUGCGUA